AUGAAAGGAGACCAAGCGGAACUAUCAGCAGCUCUAGGCAGCAGUCAUGACAUUGAGGAGAGAUCGAGAUCCAUGACCCCUCUUCAAUCGGCUGCGCAUUCUGGCCACUAUGAUCUUUUGAUCUUGCUAAUCACAGGCGGAGCAAAUGUCAAUGCGGCGCCUUCAGAGUUCGGGUGUGCACUUCAGGCCACGAUAUCGUCGGUGUUGUAUGGUAGUGUCCCGGACAAACUGGGACUCAGAACGGGAGAACAGAUGAGCAACAAACGAGCCGCCCAACUGGAAGCUGUGACCUUUCUUCUGGAGCAUGGAGCGGAUUCUAACGCCUCCGGUGGAGAGUUCGGGAGUCCAGUCGCCGCUGCAGCGGCGUUUGGUAGUCCAGACAUCGUGAAGCUUCUUCUCGCAAGUGGUGCUAGUCCAGAUGCUCCUGGGGGAAGACUUGGGUGUGCACUGCAGGCUACUUGCGCACGAGGCGGAAUGCCUGUAGAGUGGUGCGUCAGCCUUGCUCAGCCUGAGGACUAUACGGAGAUGCUGGAACUUCUUCUACAGCAUGGAUCGCAGCUGAAUCGUGUCGGCGGGAUCUAUGGUACUGCUUUGGAAGCGGCAGCUUUUCUUGGUGAUAUGAGCACAGUCUCUAGACUGCUGGAAGAAGGCGCUGAUGUCAACAUACGAGCUGGCAAAUAUGGGUCAGCAUUAGGUGCCGCUGCCGAUCAAGGGCAUAUAGGAGUGGUGGAAAAAUUGUUAGAGGCUGGUGCUCGCGCGAAUGCCGGCGCUGCAGUUCAUCCUAACGAUGACUGGGUCAAGUGGAAGCCGGAGCCCAUAUCGUCCUUGUUCCUGAAGUAUGGAGCACCAUUACCGAGCGCUACCGUUCCCGUAGAGGAGCGAAACAUACUCGAGCCCGAGAGCCCAGCUACAUUGGCCCUUCGGAAUGGUCAUCACGACAUCGCGCGUACGUUGUCGACCGAGGGUGUUUAG